GCAUGGCAUGCCUCUUGUUUCACACAUUAAUGUAAAAUUUAGGGGGUUUUAAAAGCUAGUUGCAGAGGGGCUGUAAUCUUCAUAAUCUCUACAACCACCUCUUACUCGUUAAACUUUGACCUUCUCUUUGAGUCAUGAGAAAAGUAUUUCCCACAAAUAAUGGGCACAUUAUUGUAAAUUAUUCAUUUGGAUCGGCGUUGAAUGAGGAACAACACUCAUAAUAAAAUCUCGUGACGGGAGAGUAUAGAAGAGAACAUUGAAUGUUCAAAUCAUUGUGACAAUGUUAACACUUUGAAUAGUUUCGCGAGGACCCAGAACAAGAAGAAGAGCGAGAUGAGCCACAACCAACUGUCAUGAACACCAACUUCACUUUUUUAUUAGUGUCAAUCAUGGAAGCCAACCUACUUCGACUUCAGGUUGCUGUUUUACUUGUGUUCUUGAUCCAGUGCGUGCAACCACAGCAAGUUUUUUUAAACUCCACCUUUGAACGCUCUGCAUUGCUCGAUCUCCGGGCGUCGUUGGGGCUUAGAAGUAGGGAUUGGCCGUUAAAAGCUGAGCCGUGCAACUUCUGGAAUGGAGUCCAAUGCGAAAACGGCCACGUUAUCGGAAUCAAUAUUUCGGGUUUAAAAAGAACCAGAAUUGGUCAGCUUAAUCCCCAGUUCAGGGUUGACACUUUAGCUAACUUGACCAGGUUACGUUCUUUCAAUGCGUCAGGGUUUUCACUUCCCGGGUCAAUACCGGACUGGUUUGGUUUCCGAUUUCCGGCGCUUCAGGUUCUCGAUCUCCGCUCUUGUUCGAUCUUCGGUUCGAUUCCAGGUUCACUGGGUAAUUUGAGUAGUGUGAAUUUCAUUUAUUUAUCAGGUAACAAUCUGGCUGGUAGAUUACCUGCUACAUUGGGACAAUUAAAAGAAUUGUCAGUUCUUGAUCUUUCGACUAAUAAACUUACCGGCGCCAUACCACUCAGUUUUUCCUCUCUUGGGAAACUAACAAGGCUUGACCUUUCUUUGAAUUAUUUAUCUGAGCAAAUUCCAAUUAGUUUAGGUUCACUUUCUGGCAUUCAAUUCUUGAAUUUAUCUGACAAUAGUUUGACUGGAUUUAUUCCUGAUGAGUUGAGAAAUCUUGAUAAUUUGGUUGAGCUUGACCUUAGCAAGAACUUGUUUUCUGGAUUGUUCCCCACGGGACUGAAAGCCUUGAGGAGUUUGGAGAAGUUAGUUAUUGCUAGAAAUGGACUAGAGGGUCACCUGUCAGAUGACAUGUUUUCAGGUCUUGAUCAGUUGCAGGUUGUUGAUUUGAGUGGGAAUAGAUUUGAUGGUGCACUUCCCGUUGCAUUGUUGUCAAUGCACAACUUGCGGUCUCUUGAUUUGGCUGAUAAUAACUUUACAGGCGUUUUUCCAAGCUUGAGUUCAGAUGGUAAUUCCUCCAGUGGUGUGUUUAAUUUCUCAAACAAUAUGUUAUAUGGAAAUUUGAAUUUUUCAUUGGCUAGGGUUAGUGCGAUUGAUUUGUCGAGUAACUAUUUUCAAGGCAGCACAACAUCUUUUAGUGGAAGGAAUGUUACUCUUGAUAGAAAUUGCUUUCAAGCUGUGGCAAAUCAGAGGAGUCCAGUGGAUUGUAGGCUUUUUUACACUCAGAAAGGGUUGAAUUUUGACGAUUUUGGAGUUCUAGGACCUACAGAGCCACCAUUAUCUGAGCAGGCAAAGAGCAGUAAGAGAUGGAAAUUUAUCUUAGUGGGAUUAGUUGCCGGGCUUGUUUUCAUUGUGAUUUUGGUCACGGUGCUGGUACUGAUCCUAAGAACGUGUGAUAAGGGUAUUUCAAAUCAAAGAGGCAGUGCAAAUGUGGGUCCUAUUCCAGAAGGAGACAGCCCACUGCCUCCUAAGGAUCCAAAUAUUGUAUCUGGUGUUGGUGAUUCAUUCACAUAUGAGCAGUUGCUCCGUGCAACUGGUAGUUUUAGUGCUGCAAGUCUCAUCAAACAUGGGCACUCUGGAGACCUCUUCAAGGGAACUUUGGAAGGUGGGACUACUGUAGUAGUAAAAAAGGUCAGCUUGUAUUCCUGUAAGAAAGAGUCAUACAUGAUGGAAUUAGAUUUGUUCAGCAAGGUUUCUCAUGCAAGACUGGUUCCACUUUUGGGGCAAUGUUUGGAGCACGAGACUGAUAAACUUUUGGUCUACAAAUAUAUGGUAUGUGGAGAUUUGGCUACUUCCUUUUACAAGGUUACUGAUUUGGAGAAUGACGGUUUACAGUCCCUCGAUUGGAUCACAAGAUUGAAAAUUGCUAUAGGAGCUGCUGAAGGUCUUUCCUACCUACAUCAUGAGUGCAACCCUCCCCUUGUUCACAGAGAUGUUCAAGCAAGCAGUAUCCUUCUUGAUGAAAAAUUUGAAGUUCGACUUGGAAGCUUGAGUGAGGUGCGUGCUCAGGAAGGGGAUUCUCACCAAAAUGUGAUAACAAGAUUGUUACGGAAACAAGCCUCUGACCCAUGCACUUACGGCUCAUCCACCACAACUUGUGCUUAUGACGUCUACUGCUUUGGUAAAGUCUUGCUUGAGCUUGUAACAGGCAAGCUUGGCAUUAGCAAAUCAGAUGAUGCUACAACAAGAGAGUGGUUGGAACAUACGCUACCUUACAUCAGUAUAUAUGACAAGGAAAUGGUGACGAAGAUUGUUGAUCCGUCUCUUAUCAUUGAUGAAGAUUUAUUGGAAGAAGUAUGGGCUAUGUCGAUAGUGGCCAGGUCAUGCCUGAACCCCAAGCCUGCGAAACGACCCCCAAUGAAAUAUAUUCUAAAAGCAUUGGAAAACCCUUUUAAAGUAGUGCGAGCAGAGAGUUUCGGCUCUGCUAGACUGAGAACACCCUCAUCUAGACGGUCUUGGACUACUGCUUUCUUUGGAAGUUGGCGACAGAGUUCCUCAGAGAGUGCAACUGUUCCUAGUCACGGUAUCAGUGGUCUGAAACAGUCGGGGAGAAUAGGCUCUCAUGGUAGUGGUGCAAUUGAGUACUCAUCUUCAAAUAAAAGGUUAUCGAAUGAGAUAUUCCCUGAACCAGUAGAUACAGAAGAUACGGAGAGGCAAGAUGAACAUUAGCUGAAAGGGUGAUUGGGAUUAUCUUUGAUUGGUUUUGUGGCUUCCAAUCUGUGUGCCUGUUGCCUGUUCAGAGACAGCUUCUUGACCCCAAAAUUGAUCAAUUGUGCUAAGAUUUCAGGAAAGUAAGCACUAUUGUUGGAUGCUACCGAGUUAGCAGGGAAAACAGCUGAAGAGUCUGUUGCUGUAAAUGAGACAAGCAAAGAGUCUAUUCUUCAACCUUUUUUCUUUUGGGUUUUAGAGCUUGUUGAUUGUGAAAGCAAGCUGCAAAAUUUUCCUGCAAUUGAUACUUUCUCAUAGAUCGCCAUAUAAAUUUGUAAAAGAUUUAGGUUUUCUGGCGGCAUUUUCAAGUUCCAAGUUAUCCAGGAUUCAAACGCCCCAACAUGUAUUUACCUAGAAUUUAUUCCUGAUUCAGAUUUUAGUGAACAUAAAUUCCAACCUGCUUAACCAUAUUUAGAUUUAA